CCAGAAGAAGAGAAGGAGGGGGAGAGGAAAUGGAGCCUGCCCCCAUGACAGACAGCUGUUGGGCACUUUAGUGGACAAAGUGAUGUUUGAAUUGAACUUUGAAAGAAGAAAUGGCUUCCACCUUCCAUCCACGAGAAUGUGAGCUGUCUAAACAAGAAGGGCAAAGCUAUGGCUUCUUCCUGCGAAUCGAGAAGGACACUGCUGGCCACCUGGUCCGGAUAGUUGAGAAGGGUAGCCCAGCGGAGAAGGCGGGCCUCCAGGAUGGAGACCGAGUUCUGAGGAUCAAUGGUGUCUUUGUGGACAAGGAAGAGCAUAUGCAGGUUGUAGAUCUGGUCAGAAAGAGUGGGAAUUCAGUGACUUUACUAGUUCUGGAUGGGGAUUCCUAUGAGAAAGCAAUGAAAAAGCAGGUAGACUUGAAAGAGUUGGGUCAAAGUCAGAAAGAGCCGAGUGUGAAUGAUAAGAAACUGCCCUCUGUGGUGAACGAAGGAGCACAGACUUGGACCCAGCCACGGCUCUGCUACCUGGUGAAGGAGGGGAACAGCUAUGGCUUCUCUCUGAAAACUGUCCAAGGUCAAAAGGGAGUGUACAUGACGGAUAUAAUGCCUCAAGGUGUGGCUAUGAAAGCUGGUGUCCUGGCUGGUGAUCACUUGAUUGAAGUGAACGGAGAGAAUGUCGAAGAUGCCAGCCACGAGGAAGUGGUUGCCAAGGUGAAGAAAUCUGGAAGCCAAGUUGUGUUCCUGCUGGUGGACAAGGAGACUGACAAGCUCCAUGCUGAGCAGAAGAUAAAAUUCAAGAGAGAAGCAGCCAGUUUGAAAUUGCUACCCCACCAGCCCCGGGUUGUGGAGAUGAAGAAGGGAAGCAAUGGCUAUGGUUUCUAUCUAAGGGCAGGUCCAGAACAGAAAGGUCAAGUCAUCAAGGACAUAGAUUCUGGAAGCCCAGCAGAGGAGGCUGGCUUGAAGAACAAUGACCUGUUAGUCGCUGUCAACGGCGAGUCUGUGGAAUCCCUGGAUCACGACAGUGUGGUAGAGAUGAUUAGAAAGGGCGGAGAUCAGACUUCGCUGCUGGUGGUGGACAAAGAGACGGACAACAUGUAUAGACUGGCUCAUUUUUCUCCAUUUCUCUACUAUCAAAGUCAAGAACUGCCUAAUGGUUCUGUCAAGGAGACUCCAGCUCCUACACCUGCUCCUCUAGAGGUUUCAAGUCCAGAUACCACAGAGGAAGUAGGAGAUCAUAAGCCCAAGCUCUGCCGGCUGGUUAAAGGGGAAAACGGCUAUGGCUUUCACCUAAAUGCGAUUCAGGGUCGGCCAGGAUCCUUCAUCAAAGAGGUACUGAAGGGCAGCCCUGCCGAGCUGGCAGGGCUGGAGGAUGAAGAUAUCAUCAUCGAAGUGAAUGGAGUGAACGUGGCGGAUGAACCCUAUGAGAAGGUGGUAGACAGAAUUCAGAGCAGUGGGGAGAAUGUCACACUCUUAGUCUGUGGAAAGAAGGCCUAUGAUUAUUUCCAGGCUAAGAAAAUCCCUAUUGUUUCCUCCAUGGCUGAUCCACUGGAUGCCCCCACUGCUUCCAAAGAAGAAACACUGGCAGAACCAGAGCACGACUCACACAUGGCAAAACAACGAGCGUACAGUACAGCCUCACAUUCUUCUUCCAAUUCUGAAGAUACAGAGAUGUGAUGAGAGCAACUAAUGGCGUUGGCUGACAGCUGUUUCUGGGUGUUGAGUAGGGAUCCUUUCCCGAAGAAUGAGCUGCCACCCAUUCACCGUCUCUGGUAGAGACAAACUCCUCUGGAAACCAGUUCAUCAUGGGGAACUGUCUUCUGUUGUCAUUUGCCUUGGGGGUGACUACUGCAAUAGAUGGC